UCAACACUGAACCACCAACGCCUUCCAACACUUUCCCCCUCGCUGUAAAUAAAUCGAAAUAUUUUCAUCCAUUUUCUGGCGAAAAUAAUUGAAAAUUGAGCGAACAUCCCGCAGCCAAAACCGGAUCCGCUGGUGGCCCAGGCCCAGCGGCAAAGUCGUGUGCAAUGGCAGGAGCCAGUGGACGCUGGCUGGAGCGCAAUUGAACAGCCAAAACGGCCAACCAAAAUAAUAGAUGCCAAAAAUUUGCAUAAAAAGUGAGGCGAUUAAAAUGCAGAAAAUGUACGCAUCGUUGUUGCUGGCAACCUUGACAUUCUGGACGCUAGUGCUGCGAUCGGAUCAGGCACACUCCCCGCCAGCGGUGCCAUGCGAUCGCAGCCGGAAGGUGUUCACGGAGCCCUACGGCGACAUCUCCGAUGGCCCGUCCGGCUUCAAUUACACCCAGGACUCGCACUGCGAGUGGCUCAUCAAGGCGCGCAACGACAGCCAGUUCAUCACGUUGACCUUCCACAGCAUGGGCACCGAGUGCUCCUACGACUACAUCUACGUCUACGACGGCGACUCCUUCAACUCGACCCUGCUGGGCAGCUUCAGCGGGCGGACGCAGCCCCAGCGACUGGUGGCCCGGAGCGGUAGUAUGCUCAUCCUAAUGUACAGCGACACAAACUACGUGCUGGAUGGCUUUCGCGCCUCCUACUACAUAUCAAACUGUCUGAAUAACUGCCACAACCAUGGAAAGUGUGUGGGCCACCAGUGCGUAUGCCACGGCGAGUGGGUGGGGCCCGACUGCGAGGACGAGGCCUGUCCGCAGCGCUGUGGCGAGAGCCAAGGACGAGGUCGCUGCCAGAAGAGCAUCUGCCACUGCUCGCGGGGAUUCAGCGGCCGGCUGUGCGAUCUGAGUGACCAUCCGGCCGGCAGCAGCUGGCGCUGGCUGGCCACCGACGCCGAGGGCAUGACGCCACGUGCUGCCCAUACCGCCGUUUACAUGGAAGACGAGGAUGCUCUCUACGUUUUCGGCGGCUAUGACCUAAACAACGUUAUAAGCACGCUUCAGAUUUAUCGUUUCAGCACCAGCCAGUGGGAAGAUGAAUGGGGAAUUGCACUGCAGAGUCGCCGUCACUUCUACCACCCGCAAAAGAUCGAUCACACGUUGCUUAAGGCCGUGCUUCAGCACAAAAACGAGGACGAAGCCAAGCUCUGGGGUCUCAACAGCGACGUGAGCUUCUUUCGGAACAUUCUGUACACAUUGGCGGAGUCCAAUCUCCACCAGCGUCGCACACGCUCCUCACUGCCCUUGACCAUCGUGAAUGCCAACUCGACAGACGAAGAGCUGAAUGAGUAUCUGGAGGACAUUCUUGAAGAGGUUACUGACCACAAGCCCCAUGGACGCUAUGGCCAUGCAGCGGAUCGAGUGCCCGGCGGUUUCGUGAUCUACGGUGGAAAACAUGCCAACGGCAGUUUCUACAGUGAUCUCUGGCAGUACAACAACACGGAAAGCGGCGGCAAGUGGAAACAGAUGGCCAUCAGGUCGGAGGUGAAGCCGCCGGCUUUGGCCAGGCAUACGCUGAAUACGGCUGGAGCGUAUCUCUAUAUAUUCGGUGGUAGUCUGGAGACGGGAGAGUUCUCAUCCAGCGUUUACCGCAUACCACUUCCCCUCUCCGAGGAUUCGCAGUGGGAGUUGGUGCAACCAAGAGGUGGAAAGACGUUAGACGUUCGUCUGGCAGCGCAUUCGACGGUCUAUUACAAGGCAACCAAUUCACUAAUCGUUUUUGGUGGAAUCAUGACGAGUUUGGCCCGCUUCUCUAAGCUCUCGGAUCGAAUUUACGCCUUUCAGCUGGACCAGAUGCACUGGACGGAGAUUUUAUACCCGCGAACGGCGCUGAGGGACACCAAUAUACCCAGGGAGCGGGCAUUUCACACGGCCACCAUCUCGGGCAACUACAUGGUAGUCUUUGGUGGCUAUACGCACCGUCACAACAAGGACGAGAUUUGCUACGACAACCAGAUGUACUGGUACCAUCUCAGCUGCCACAUUUGGAUUAAUCAGGUGGUUUCCGCCGACGACAGUCUGUACCCGAAGCCACAGGGUGUUUUCGCCCAAGCGGCGGCACUGCGUCGCAAUCACACGCUGCUGAUUGUGGGCGGCUACCAUGGCAACGUGAAUGCGGAUCUUUUUGCCUACGAACUGCCGCAGGUGUUGCGGGUGGAGAAUACGCUUUACAAUCCGGAGGUUUCCUGCAGAUUGCACGCCUCGCACACCGCUUGUCUGUCGAAUCCGGAAUGCGGCUGGUGCUCGGCAGAUAGUAGUUGCUACGGCCGCACCAUCGGAGCGAAUUGUACCACCAAUCUGCAGACCACAAGGUGUCCAGGGAUAUGUCCCUCCCUGGGCGAUUGCCAUUCCUGCUUGGUUCACGGAUCUCAAUGGGGAAAGUCGUCGGGAAACAAAGCAGCAUUUUCGGUGGCCAGCAAACUGGGAUUAAACGAGUGCACGUGGUGUGUGCAGAAUGCAAAAUGCCACCACCGGGACGACAACUACGGGAUAUGUGGAGACAGUUCCGGCUGGUGGGGCGACAAAGGCACCGAGAUUCGCCGACCUUCGCUCUGCACCAGCACCGACCGACGGCCGGGACUCACGUACAUCAAGUACCACUUCCCGAUUAACUUCACCAUGCCGGAUUACGUGGGUAUUGUGAAUGCCACCAUGGUGGACUUUGCGUCACCGCCGUUCACCACCUACUUUGAGCACAAACUCGAGGGCGAGAUGCUGGCCAGGCUGGUGGGUUUCGUGCGGCCGCAACAUCAGUGGAACAACUCGGCCAUCCAGGUCUGCACCAGCUACUCAUCGGCCGUGCUGCGCGCUGGCCUGGGCCUUUACCUCGACGAGCUGGUCAAUGUCACCACGCAGAGCUCGAAUCAGAGCUACUGCAGCAACGUCCAGCUGCCCACCACAGAGCAGCCCUUCACCAUCGAUUUCCAGGCUCGUCGUCGAAUCGGAGGCAACGGAAUUUACAAUGCCUAUCAGAAGACCAAGAUGGAGCUGCAGCACCUGCAUAAUGGCCAGCUAAACGCCUUCACCUUCGAGUACUUGGAGCCUUACUACUCCGGCAAGUGCACCCAGUACUCGAACUGCCUGCACUGUCUCACGGAUGCCUCAUGUGCCUGGUGUCCCCUGACCAGCGUGUGCCACCUGCGAUCCGUGAACGAGACGGAGGUGUGCAGGAAGGAGGCUCCGGAGGCAUUCCACUGGUCCUAUCUGAUCAGCCAGCCCAGUCAGUGCUCGAACUGCACCAACUACGUGAGCUGCGAGGCCUGCGCCAGCAGUGGCGAGUGCGAGUGGUGGACGGAGGACGCGCGUUGUGGCCGGAUAGGCAAGUCCAACAGCAGCGUGCGGGCGGUGGAGCAGUGUCCGAGGUCGUGCAGGGAACGCCAUGGCUGCCAGGAGUGUCUCGGUGAGCGCGGUCGAUGCGUUUGGUGCGAGGCCAGUGCCCAGUGCUUCAGUUUCUCCGUGUACACAAGUGAGUAUCAGUUUGGGAUGUGCCGCGAGUGGAUGGACCAGGUGGUGAGUCGCCAGUCGCAAGAACUGGCGGAUCAGAAGCUCCAGCAGCAGCAGCAGCAGCCGCAUUAUCUGCAGCAGCAGUGCAAGUCCUGCGAGCAGCACCGCAACUGCUCCUCCUGUCUGCGAACCCUGAGCUGUGGCUGGUGCUUCGAUCGCGACAAUCCGAUCGAGGGCAUCUGCAUGCAGGGCGACUUCAGCUACAGUGCUGGCAACUGCUCACUGGCCCUGAACAGUUCCUCGCACCACGAUGCCGAGUGGGCGUACGCCCAGUGCCCGGAUGUCGACGAGUGUGGACUGGGCCUGCACGACUGCCACAAGGAGGCCAAGUGCACCAACACCCAGGGCAGCUACAAUUGCCACUGUCGCCGGGGAUAUGUGGGCGAUGGCAAAUUCAGCUGCGUGAGGACCUGCUAUGAGCUGUGCCAAAAUGGCAACUGCUCGGGACCGCCGGACUACACCUGUCGCUGUGCGUUGGGCUGGACCGGAGCCGAUUGUGGUCUGAGUUGUGGCUGUAAUAACCAUUCGACGUGCCACGAGAGACUGGGGAAAUGUGACCUGUGCCAGGAUUGGUCGGAGGGUGAGAAAUGCGAGAGAUGUCGACAGGGGAGCUAUGGGAAUGCCACCGCUCCACAUGGAUGCCUGCCGUGCGAGUGCAACGGGCAUGGCCACCAAGAUCUGGGCGUGUGUAAUGUCAGCAACGGCGAAUGCUACUGCAAGGACAACACCCAGGGACUCAACUGUGACUUGUGCGCCCCCGGCUACUAUGGUGACCCGAGAAGUGGCGGUAAAUGCUACUACCAAUGCGAAUCCAGGGGCAUUCUGACCAAUAUUGGCACGAGUGCCAUUGGCUCCUACCAGUCAUAUCGGUCGCCCUGGGGCGCCAGCCUGGAGGUGAAGGAGUGCCUGUGGAUACUGCAACCGAAGACGCUGCAGGCGGACAAGUCCCUCCUCCAGCUGGACUUCCAGUGGCAGAGUCUGGCCAUGGACUGUGACGAGAACGCGGUGUACAUCUACGACAGUCUGCCGGAUCUGACCGGAGCCACGCAGCAGAAUCAACUGCUGGCCGUGGUCUGUGCCCCCUACAGUUCGGCCAGGAUCAUUGAGGCCCGCUCCAGCCACGUCACGGUUCACUACAAACAGGGCAGUGAAAGGCGACACUUCGGAUUCAAUGCCCUCUACUCCGUGAUGAACUGUGUGGCUGGAAGUUGUCUGCCGCCUCACAUAUGCGAUGCCCAGCAGCGGUGUGUUUGCCCCGCCGGAUAUGUGGGCGCCAACUGCGAGAUUGAGAUCUGUCCGAGCAACUGCAACGCCAAGAGGAUGCAGGGCUUCUGCGACACGGAAUACGGCCGGUGUAUCUGCAGCAAUGCCAACUAUGCGGGCGCCGAUUGCGGCACUCUGGUGCAGCGCAACCACCUGGUAAUGACGGAACUGUUCAACACGCAGCUGCUGAGUGAAAGUCUGGAGCACUUAAGAAAGACCAUACCACGAUUUGGACACUCGGUGAAUGCGGAUCGCAGGGGAUCCCUUUGGAUGUUUGGCGGAUACUCGCCCAACCACGGACCUCUCAACGAUUUUCGGCAAUUCGACACGAAGAACAGCACCUGGCUGCAGGUCACAGUGGAAUCGUCCACCCCCGAGGAUCGCAUGCCGCUUGGCCGGUACUUCCACGCCUCCGAGAUUUACGUGAAAAAGCAAAUCAUCUAUAUCUAUGGAGGAAUCGGUGCAAACUCGCAACUGCUAAAUGACUUUUGGAUGUUUUCCAUACAGAACCAGCGCUGGAGUCAGAUCAAGAUUGAGGUGGUACCGAGUGGAGCUGACUAUCAGGUUGAUGUUCCGCCUCCCUUAGCCGGCCAUACUCUCACCCAUUUGCGUUACCAGGAGCACGAGUCGCUAAUUCUCCUUGGCGGAUUGACUCUGAACAAGUCGCGACCUCUCGAAUUAUGGGAGUUCAACCUGGACACGGGUCGCUGGCAGCAACUGGCGGCUGUGGGUGCCCGAAUGCCAGUGCUUUAUGGCCACACGGCUGUCUACCAUCCGGAGACGAACAGUGUUUACCUGUUUGGAGGCUACUCCACGGAGCCGCAGAGCAGUCUGUAUGCACUGGACCUGCAGAAGCUGAGCUGGACGGAACUGCCCAGCUUCAGGGAACUGAACUCACCCGCCUCGCUGCUGCCCAGGGCUCGCUAUUUCCACUCGGCCGUGAGCACGGAGCACUACAUGAUCCUGUACGGCGGACGGACGCAGCCCUUCAAUGGAACGGAUGUGCUGAUUGCCUAUGUGUACGCCUGCAAUCAAUGGGUGCGACUGACUGAGGACGUGGAGCUCAUUGGUCGUGUGCCAGCCUCUAGUUACGCCGAGGACAUGGCCAUCGAUCCGGAUACGGGUGUGAUCUUCGUCAUCGGCGGAUGGGAUGGCAGCUCGACGCACAGUCACGUGACCAGGAUAGCAUUGCCGGAUGACAUUUGCCAGUUGUGGAGCAGCGGAAAGCAUCAGUGCCGGCACUACAUGGGCUGCAGCUACUGCACGAUCCAGAACACCUACAGCUACAGCAGCCACUGCUUCAGCCAUGGCCGCACUCCGUGCGCCAAUCCCAAUGGCACGAAGGUGGUCAACAAUGGGGCUGCCUGCGAUGACGAGUGGAUGGCGAGCCGGAACUGCUCCAGCUUUGCCACCUGCGGCGCCUGUUUGGCCGCCUGGCCGACGCACCAGGAGGUGGCUCCCGUGUGUCAGUGGUGCGACGAGUGCGGCAUUCGGGGCAGGUGCGUGCCGGCCGGCGUGGACUGCGGCUGGCGGAGUGCCUGGUGCAACAAGGAACUGAGUGUGGGCGUUCUGGGCCUGUGCCCGCUGCCGCAAUGCUACCAACUGAGCUGCGAAAGCUGCAUGCUGCAGCCGCAAUGCAACUGGGCCCGGAACGAACUGGGCACCGUGGAGUGCAUUGCCAAGGAGCUGGUGGAAAAGAAUCAAUAUCGUCUGGUCGAGAGCUGCCCGCCGCCCUGCCACACGCACGAGAACUGCAGCCUGUGCCUGAGCCAAACUCCCGCCCAGGAUCGCCAGGAGUGCAAGUGGUCCACCAUGCUGAACUUGUGCCUGACGCCCAGUUCCCAGCCGCUGUUUUGCGCCGGUGGCGUUUGCGGUUUGGUGCUGGAGGCCAGCGAACUGGAACGCUGUCCGGAACCGUGUCACGUAUACACGCAGUGCUCCAGCUGCUUGGAGCACGCCCACUGUGGGUGGUGUGCCCGCGAGGGACACAACGGCGAUGGGAUCUGCACGGAGGGAGCACUGGAGCACAAGCAGGAACAUCCGUCUGGCUCGACUUGCGAUCUUAUCUAUGCCAGCUGGCGAAAUGAUUCACACUUAACCCAUGCGGAUGUGGUGUCCUGGCACUAUGUGCAGUGUCCGGCGGAGAACGAAUGCAUCAAUGGGCAUCACAACUGCGACGCUGUGUCGGAACAGUGCAUCGACCUGGACACGGCGGUGGGCUACAAGUGCGUCUGCGCCCAGGGAUAUCGCGAGGAGCAGGGUGCCUGCCUGCCCGUCUGCAGUCAGGGAUGCGUCCGUGGCAACUGCGUGAGUCCGGACCAGUGUCAGUGCGACUUUGGCUACGUGGGCGCCAACUGCAGCAUCCAGUGUUUGUGCAAUGGCCACUCCAACUGUGAGUCAAGCAGCCGGCUGGACAUUUGCCUCAAGUGCCACAACAACACGAUGGGCGAGCAGUGCGAGAAGUGUCAGCCGCUCUUCGUGGGCAAUCCCCGCGAGGGUCAUGCCUGCCAGCCGUGCCUGGACUACUGCCACGGCCACAGUGACGUUUGUGUGGCCUACGAUGCAGAUCCCGCCGUUUUCAACAUGACCCGUUCCGAACUGGAAAGGAUUCUACCCGAGGGUCCGGCCUACAAUGCCACUUGCCUGAGUUGCGGCAAUCACACGGACGGGGAUCGCUGCGAUAGCUGCCUCACUGGCUACUUCCGCGGCAGCGAGGAUCUGCACAAGGAGUGCCGGCCCUGCCAGUGCCAUGGACAUGGAAACAUAUGCGAUCCGGUCACCGGCGAGAAGUGCAACUGCGCCAACAACACGGAAAGCGAUGCCACCUGCACGGCCGGUGGUGGCAAGAACUCGGCGCAGCUCUGCUGGAUGGUGCAGUGCUCCAAGUGCCGCGACUCCUAUGCCGGCAACCCCACGGAUGGCCACCAGUGCUACAAGCAGAUAACCGUCGAGUCGCGAAUGUGCUUCGAUGCCAAGCCCAUUGAGGAGUGCAAAUCGAAGCCAGCUGCCCUGAAGCCCGGCCAAACGGUGUUCUUUGUGAUCCAGCCUCGGUUCAUGAAUGUGGACAUUCGCAUUAUAAUCGACGUAACGCAAGGCGAGUUGGAUGUUUUCAUGUCGCCGCAGGACGACUCCUUUAUUGUGGAAACGAAUGAGACGACUGGCUACCACGAGAUCUUCCUUGACAAUCGAUACAAUUGGGGACCGAAGAUGAAGCGCGAGCAUCCACUUAAUGUGGCCCUGCCCAGACACGACAAUGCCACGAUCCAGAAGCUAUUUUCCCCCGAGCGUCGCAUUGGCGGCGGCGGCCUAGGAGGAGGUGGAGGCGAGAGAAUCGGGGCCAACACCUACUAUGUGCCCCAGCUGCAGGACUGCAAGAGCCAUGGCGGUCACAACUUCAUAGUGAGGGAUCAGCACGCCAAGGAUCUGAGUACACAUGUAACGCUUAAUCAUUGCAACACAUUGUUGCGCCUGUUUGGGCUCAAGAAUCGUUUGGUGCUCACCCUGCCGCAACAUGCCCACAAUCUGAGUGCCACACGCUUCUUUAUCGCUCUGCGGGCGAGCUCCGGACCUGAGCCCAGCUACGGAUCCGUGGUGUUCCGCCAGGAUCAACUGCACAUCGAUCUGUUUGUGUUCUUCUCGGUGUUCUUCUCCUGCUUUUUCCUCUUCCUCGCCGUCUGCGUGAUCGUGUGGAAGGUGAAGCAGGCAGCGGACCUGAGAAGGGCUAGAAGGCAGCAUGUUGUGGAGAUGCUGCACCUGGCCAAGCGCCCCUUUGCCCAGAUCUUCCUGGCCUCGGGCAGCCUGGACGUGGACAGUCCGCAGCCAACGUCCUCCUCCUCCUCCUCCUCCUCGGCCCGUGCCAUGCGACAGCGUGCCCGGCAAGCGCUGCUCCUGCAGGAGCAGUCCACGGGCGAAUCCCAUCCCGUUAUGCACCAUACCACCAGUCGCCGACAGCAGAGCUCGCGUAUCAUGAUGGUGGCUAUCGAGCCGACGUUUGACAAUUUGGCGGCUGUGGGCACGGUGUUCAUAAGCCUGCCAGGUCGCUCGCGAGCUCCGUUGAGCAUUGCGUUGGGAUCCACCCUGAUUUCCUACUCCCGACAAUAUCCCCUGAAUGCCCGGCACUUUAUGCGCGCCCAACGCGUUCAGAACGUGGCCCAUCAUCCGGCUUAAACUGCAAUCUCUGUCAGCACGAACAAACUAGUUGUUAGUCAUCGUCAGUGUCUAAAAGAAGAACCUAGUGAAUUAUCUGUGCAUGUAUGUAUGAAGUACGUAAAGACAUUCGUUUAGAUAUCGGUGUAUAUGAAUAGUGUAGGUAAUUUUUGUACAUAACGUUUAGAUAACGCAAAUAACAAAUACUAUGUGUACAUAAAUAUGCAAACAAACAAACAAAAAAAAAAAACAAAAAGAGGUGUUAAAGGAUAUCGUCUAUAUAUAUAAAGUUUAUACCUAUCAAACGAUAAACAUACAGGAAAUGGAUAAAUAUUAGUUUUAAGCAUAUUAUAUAGAGGAAUAUUGGGUCUCGAAUCUGCAACAGGAUAUUUAAAAGCAUUCACAUAAUUUAAACGCAGAACAAAUUUUCGGACUGAUUUAUAUGAAAUUUCAUUGGGCUAGUACGUAGCGAUUAUUUAAUAUAGUUAAAAGUUAAAAGGCAUACCCGUCAGUGAAGAUAACCAAGUGAAAAGUAAAGAAGUGAGGUCAAAGUACGCAUACAGCAGAGGGAAUUUGAUAUACAGUAAAAUACAUUUAAGAAUGUCAAUUUUUUCGAGAAACCGAAUGUCGCACAAGAACAUUUAAUAGCCAUAUUGAAACAAAAAAAAAACAAACAAACAAACAAAGAAAUCCAGAUAUACGUAUUAUUAUAGAAUACUGAAUGUGUCAUAGCAAUUAGGCGUUUGUUAUGCCAAACUUAAGUGGAUGUCAUUCUCAGUCUCAGUCGCUCAAAUAGGUUUCUUUCUAGAUACGUACAAUAUGAUUUCUAUUCUCGCGUACCUAGUAUAAUUGUAUUGUAUAAAGUAUUACGAUAUUCCUUCCCUGUUGGUGGCUAGCAUUUGCUCAAUUAGUUCGUUAGCUCUCUACUGCGCACUCUUACGCACCUGUGUACCUAUACUAUUUUAAGAACAAACAACUAUUUUUAUGUACAAUCCAGUUUUUCACACACUCGUUAUGUUUACACAAAAACAAAAGCUCACAGACACAAAUGCGGUUGGAGAUUUGAAAAUUUUUGAAAUACUUUCAAUAUUUUCCUCCAGCUGCGCACAUCACAAACGAACAAAAUCCUACAGAAUCUUUCCUAACUCUACACUAAUCUCAGUAACCAAAAGGUUGUAAGAAAAUUCACACUAUAUCGAUUUAGUUUUAAAUUCCCUCCUUAUAUGUGGUACUACUUUUGUAUAUUAUGAGUUUACAAAAUUAGCUAAAUUUUUAGAACUGAUGUAUUUUUAGAAACUAAACGAAUCGUCCUCGUCCCAUUUUGCAAUAUAUUUAUAAUUCUUAUUUUUUUAUUAUUUGUAAUUGUUUUUGCAAUAAAGAUGAACCUAUGGUACAUAAACAUA